UCUGGUGGCUUGCCUCUGGAACUUUCAAUAUCUGCCCAACUUAUUCCCUUACUUUCUUCCCUAAGUCUUUCGGAUACUUCCCUUUCUGUAGAAGGGACUUUUGAUCUCUCUAAACCUACAGAGGAAACUCUAGGACCUUCUACUUCAUCCCAGGGACCAAGUGAGUCUGUGAAUUCUGCUCAAAGGGCCCAAAAAAGAGAUCCAUCUGCUUCAGAAUCUACAGGAUCUAUGCAUUCUUCCAAAGGUCCCAUGGUAAUUUCUUUAUCUGGACAAGGAACACUAGGAUCUGUAUCAUCCUCCCUAGAGCCUUUGACAAUGUCUCUAUCUGUUCAAGUGAAUCCAGGACCUUUGUCAUCUGUUCAGGAAGCUGGAGGCCCUUGCCUGUCUUUACAGGGGAAUCUGGAAGGUUACACCUGUACACAUGGCAAGCCAGGAAUAGCCAAUGCUUCACCAGGAGAUUUCAAAUUUUCAGCAUCUACCACAGUGAGUCUAGGAUCUUCUCUAUCUGUCCAAUUGGAUUUGACAGUGUCACAAGGCCACUUAUUGCCUCUGAAGCCCUCCCUGUCUGCCCAGGGUGUUCCAGGAACAUUGACAUCUGCCCAAGGGCCUCCAGAAACUUCCUUGUUGUCCCAAGAGCCCCCAGGACCCUGUUUGGAAAAAGAGGCUUUAGGAUAUUCACCAUCUGAUCCGGAAGGCCUUGGACUUUCUGAAUCUGUCCUGGACACACUAGAAACAUUGCCAUGUACGCAAAACACUGCAGAAAUAUCACCUGUCACCCAAGAGAUUGUAGAACCUUUGUCACCUGCACAAGAUUCCCUCAGAUUUCCACCUCCUUCUUCACUUAGUCCAGAGUCAGAAGAACCUCUGCCAUCUACCCAAUCCACUUUUACGAUUUCAGACUCUGUGUCAGGGACUCUAGAAUCUUUGCCAUCGGUGCCAGGGGCUCUGGGGCUUUUGAAACCCAAUGAAGGUGCUCUGGGCCCUUUAGUAUCUGAACAAGGGAUCCUGGGAACAACAUCUCCCCAGGAAACUCUAGAACACUCUCAACCAGCCCAGGGGCUUCUAGAACCUAUGCCAUCUGCCCAAGACUCUGUGAGAACUUCCUUUUCAACAGAGUUUCUGGGACUGUCCCAUUGUGCACAUGAUGACUUUAUCCCUAUGGCUUCUCGUGCAGAACGCCAGAGACAGUCCCCCUUUCCCAAGAAAGGCCCUAGACUUUCCAAUUCCACCCAAAGGAUAUUGAAAUCUGUCCCAUUUCCUGAAGGGGAUAUCAGAUCUUCUCUUUCAGAACUUGAUGUCUUAAAACGUAUCUCUUCUGCUGAAAGUAGCCUCCCAUCUUUCAAGUAUGGCAAAAAAGACUCCAGUCCCACUUCUAGUUCCCCUCCUAAAGAAGCUCUCAGUUGUUCUCCCUCUCCAGAUGAUCACUCCAGACAUUCUAAAUUGGGGGAAACAAGAUCCAGCCAUGCCUCUUCAGAGCAAGCAGACCUGCAUUCUGUGCCAUCAGAAGAUGAGGGCUGGGAACUCUGCCAUUCUUCCAAAACGGGGAUAAGAGCUUACAAACCUGACAAAAGGGGUGCAAAGCUUAAAACCGAGACCAACAGAAACCUCACCACUUCUGAUUCUGCCAAUGGAGCCUGUGGAUCCUCGCCAUCUCCCGAGGAGGGCCUCAGAAGUACCCCACCUCCCCAAGGCAUUCACAGACAGUCUAAGUCUACCAAAACCACAUCACAAAAGGCCCCUUCUGACCAAAGGGACACUCAAGCUUCCAAUUCUGAACAUGAGAGUUGCAAACCAUCUUCUUUGUCAAAAAGAGAGCUCAGACAUUCCUCAUCUUCCAAAAAAGAUCAGAAACCGAAAGCUACUCCCCAAGAGGGCAUAGCAUCUUCCAUCUCUACAGAAGAGUGAACACAAACCACUCCCUCUCAUGAAGAGAGCCUUGGGCAUUCCACCUAUUCUCAUGAGAUUCCCAGACACACUACUUUUACCAGGAGAAGACAGAGGAAUGCCUCUGAUACACAAAGAGGCCUGAAAAUUUCUCCUGCAGGUCAAGAAGGCAUUGAGUCAUCUCUAGAUGGAUUUUCAAACAUUUUCUUCUCAUCAACCAUCUAUCAAACUCCUAGCUGCCUCAGAUACACAUUGAAGCAUCAGGUAGGCUCCUCUGACUAAAAGCACGGUAAGGUAAGUAUUCCCCUUCUGAUUAAGAGUAGCUCACAAUUUGUAGUCAAAACAGCAUGCUAGACAAUUUGCUCAUCGUGGAGAAUAACAUGUGCUUCUUCUGACCAGUGUGGAUCUAGGCCUGCUUGAUCUGACCUAAUCAGUGAAAAAUCAACUCCCUCUAUCUAAGUUGCACUGGGUGCAUCUUACUCUGAUCCUCUGACUUCAUGAUCUCUGUCCAAAGAACAGGACCCGGAUACCUGAGGUCCUAAUGUCUAACAGUAGCCUGCAAAGUCAUAAACCCAGGAUAUAUAAUACAUGGUCAAGUUGGUCAGCAGAAACAAGAAAACCAUGCCAUGUUCAAAAGUAGGCAGCUGGUUUAUCAGGAGACCUAGCUAGGAACUGCCUCUUGGCCUGUUGGAGAUUGAUUACACUGCUGUCUGGCCUGCAUGACAUGGAUGUUCUAGGUUCUCAUGAAGACUGGAUAAGGAAAAGUUCAGGUCUUCUCUACUCUCCACCUUGACCCUUGAUCUUCCCCUGAUACAAGAGUCUUUGAAAUUUCUGCUUUCCCCAACUUGAUAUGAGACAUUUGCCUCUAAAGUUUGGUAUCUUUAAUAGUUUGGGGAUAUAUCAACAUACUCAUUCUGUCCAUGGGUCCUCCAAAUUGUGACUCUGACACAGAACCAGGAAGACUCACACUUUCCCCAAUCUCUGAAGUGGAGCUCAAAUCAUUCUCAAGGGCUCAAGGGCUCCUCGGGCAUACUCUGUCUUAACCAGGAAGCCAAAUGCACUCCAGUGCUUCUCAAGUAGGCUUCAGACCUACAGCUUAAGAACUACUGAUCUUCCAAAUUUCUGUAUGGAUCAAGGGGACUUCUGACCUGUCUAUUCUGAACUAGAGAUACUCAGAUCUUCCCCAGUAGCCUAAACGACCUUAGUCUUAACUGUCUAGGACCAAUGUGGUUCACAACUUUCACCAGUAACUCAAGGGGAUUUCAGAUGUACCCCCUCAACAUUCAAUGUGUCAGAAACUCCCCAGUGUUCAAGGGAGCAUUAACAUACAAUUCCUUGGAGACCCUGAAACCUCAGGCAUUCAUUAAUUGCUCAAAUUGACCUCAGAGUUACCACUUCAGAGCUAAGGUGUCACAUAGGUCCUCAAUGACUGAAGAGCCACUGAGACCUAUCACAUAAUAAGCAAAGGACUUCAGAACUUAACAAGACGAUCACAAAUACAGCCCUUUUACAACCAGCGUGCAAUAGAAUUGAUGAAGUCAUAAAGGGGCCUCAGAUGGACCCUUCUAGAACCAGGACAAUUUACGCCUCCAGAUAAUAACUCCAUCAAGUGAUGCCCCCUCAGAAGUAAACUAACCCAUGACACCAAGGGGGCUGAUACCCAGUUGAAAUAUCUUCUGAAGAGGGCCUUAGCCUUAUUUCCUCUAAGCAUAGUAACCCCUGACAUUAAGGGUAUGCCUAAGGGAUCAGCUGACCUUAAAUAAAAACAUUUAAUUCUUCCUCUGUCUGUCCUGGAGGCAUCUGAGACAUGCCCCUCUGAUGAAGCUAGCUAUAGGAAUGACUUUGUGACUGAGGAGUGUGUCUCAAAUAUUUGGGCUUGGCUGUAGUGUGCUUCAGACUGAAUCCUUGUGACCAAGAAUGCACAGGAACUUCUCUCUUUGUUCAUGGCUGACUCGGGUCUACCAUUCAUCUAAGAGAGAGCAGAGAUUCUCCGUCAGACUUUAUUGGUUAGGAAAUACACCUUUGACCACCCAAAAGGCUCCGACAACCCGGGAUUCAAGUCCCAUAGCCACUGAAUCAAAACCUCAGCCUGGAUCCAAGGCCAUCUAUCUUUUAUCUGCUCACCAGAAAGGUAACUGUCCUCCACACCCACACCUGUGGGGCUUAUUUUAAGUUUAAAUAGGAAACAGAUCCAUGGUCUAUGACCCAAGUUCUCAGAAGAAACCAGAGAUCACUGUCAAGUCUGCAGUGGAGUCCUCAGAGAUAAUAAUUUUCUAGAGUUCUCUGAAGACUUGGAGGCCUGGAGUGGCUGGACCAACCUCCUCUACAGAAGGUAAACAGGGAUACUCCCCUACUGUCCAACAGGGUUGAGGGCCUUUCUCCUUUCCAAAAUUUUGGUAUUUUUCUUCCUCUGAGGAUUGAGGCCUUAAAAGGAACCCCUUUAACCCAAUAGGCUCUCAUCUCAUAACAAUCCCUUCUGCUCAGGAGCCUGUGGGAUAUUUUACCUCUGAUCAAGGAGCAUUGCGCCCUUUGGUCAAAGUUUACAGAAAUCAAGAGGAGGAAGCAAAUCCUGGAACCUUAUGCCACUUCCUUGAAUAAAGUCACAUGACAUGUUGUGAAAUCAUCAGUCUAGCUCACUUCUGGCUGGUUGAACAUAAUUCUUAGGAAGCAAUCAUGCUGAGGACACAUACCCACGGUGAUCAUGAAUCAUGGUAACUAUAUUUUGUCUCCUGCUGCUUCAGUAAAGAUAUGGAUACCCUAGACUGUGAAGAACAGUAAGAAGGUGAGGCAAUGCUAAGAUCUCAUGAGCUAAGGUAAGCCAUUUAAUUUUUGCUCAAAAUAUUAUGGAAAUUCUUAUACUGUGAUCAUCUCUCCCAUCACAAAUAUAUUGAGUACCUCCUUUCUUCCCAGAGGUACUCACUCCUUCUACCUUUGAUUAAGGAAGCAUCAUAUUUUCCCACUGAAGCAAAGGGAGCCUCAGAUCAUUGCAGUUUGUCAAAAGGAGGCUUAAACAUUCAUUUAGGUUGUGUAAUCCUAUACAACAUCGUGAACAUCUCUGUGAGUUUUCAUGUCAGUGAC